GUGACGUCAGUGCGCAGCGCUUCCGGGAGCGGGGCGGGCGGUGGAGAAGCGGUGUUCUGCCUUCGGCCGCCGCCGCCAUUUUGUUGGUGCGCGCAGGGCGGACGCAGGUCUCGUUUGCCUUUUUUCUCAGCUCUGUGCAUGUACCUGUUUGAACACCGAAUUCCUGCAUAUAACGUCCAGCAACAGAAGUUGGAGCAGAUGCGUCAUUCAAAACAAAGCCACUGCCCUGAGUGGGAUGACAGGAGGAGCUGGGAUCAGAGAAAGCACAGCAGCAGCCGUAAGCGCAGGAAACGGUCCCACAGCAGUGGACAGGAAAGCAAGCACUAUAAACCAAAUCAUGUUUCAGAAAGUCAUUAUUUGGACGAUAGAGCCAUAAAUGAAAGAGACCAUCAUGACCGGAGAUAUGUUGAGGAGUACAGAAAUGACUUCUGUGAAGUAUAUGACCACAGGCAUUAUCAGAGAGACUAUGAAAAGAGUCACCAUCAUCACUAUAGCAAAUCCUCUGGUCGGAGCAGGAAAAGUAGUCAUAAAAGGAAGCAUAAGAGACAUCAUUGCUCCAGUCACCAAUCACAUUCGAAGAGUCACCGAAGGAAAAGAUCCAGGAGUGUAGAGGAUGAUGAGGAGGGUCACCUGAUCUGUGAAAGUGGAGACGUUCUAAGAGCAAGAUAUGAAAUUGUUGCGACUUUAGGAGAAGGCGCUUUUGGAAAAGUGGUGGAGUGCAUAGAUCAUGAUAUGAGAGGAAUGCACGUAGCUGUUAAAAUAGUGAAAAAUGUUGGUAGAUACCGAGAGGCAGCCCGCUCAGAAAUACAGGUGUUGGAACACUUGAACACCAUGGAUCCCAGCAGCACUUUCCGCUGUGUCCAAAUGCUGGAAUGGUUUGAUCAUCAUGGCCACGUUUGCAUUGUUUUUGAGCUGCUUGGACUUAGCACCUAUGAUUUCAUUAAGGAAAACAGCUUUCUGCCAUUUCAUAUUAAUGACAUUAGAAAUAUGGCUUAUCAAAUCUGCCAAUCUAUAAACUUUUUACAUCAUAAUAAAUUAACUCAUACAGAUUUAAAGCCUGAAAAUAUUCUGUUUGUGGAGUCUGAUUACAUAGUGAAGUACAACGCAAAAAUGAAGCGAGAUGAACGCACCUUAAAGAACACAGACAUAAAAGUGGUUGAUUUUGGAAGCGCAACUUUUGAUGAUGAACAUCACAGCACUCUGGUGUCCACGAGACAUUACAGGGCUCCUGAGGUCAUCUUAGCACUGGGAUGGUCGCAACCCUGUGAUGUUUGGAGUAUUGGCUGCAUUCUAAUCGAGUAUUACCUGGGAUUUACAGUGUUUCAGACACAUGAUAGUAAAGAACACUUGGCAAUGAUGGAAAGAAUACUGGGGCCUCUGCCAGCUCACAUGAUCAAGAAAUCCAGAAAGCACUAUUUUCACCAUAACCAGUUGGACUGGGAUGAACACAGUUCUGCAGGCCGGUACGUCAGGCGGCGCUGUAAGCCUUUAAAGGAGUUCAUGCAUUGCCAAGACACAGAUCAUCAAAGUCUGUUUGACCUCGUUCGCAGGAUGCUGGAGUAUGAUCCAGCCAAAAGAAUUACUCUCGAUGAAGCCUUGCAGCAUCCUUUUUUUGACCCAUUAAAAAAAUAAAUGAAUUCAAAUGUCUUUUAUGCUUCUCCAAGGAGAUUUCCUAGACUGUGUCAGUCAACAAAGGUUGCAUGAAACUUUUGUAAACUUUUAAGUUAUUUUGUACAGUUAAGUCUGUAAAUACUUUUGUUUUGUAAACUGUCAUGUUUAUCUUGUUGAGCAGUUGUAGUCUUGAUUAUGGAUAUCGAAGUGAAAAAUAAAAGUAAUUUUCAUUUUUGAA